AGAUCAAGCGUAGUACACGUAGUAGUAACACACCGUUUCAUUAAACUGGCUAGGAAUUAGGGCUUUUGUUGCUUUUUAUACACCCAAACCCCCUACGCUCCUCUGCACUCCACUUCUUCGAGUUGUUGGUAACUGCAGAGCCUCCAUUAGUCUUUGCUGAUUUUUCUAGAUUCAAUCAUGGGCAAAGGACCUGGUCUCUACUCCGACAUCGGCAAGAAGGCCCGCGACCUUCUGUACAGGGACUACCAGACUGACCACAAAUUCACAAUUACUACCUACUCCCCUACCGGAGUUGCUAUUACCUCAUCUGGGCUGAAGAAAGGUGAUCUAUUUCUGGCUGAUGUUAGCACUCAAUUGAAGAACAAGAACAUCACAACUGACAUAAAAGUAGAUACGAACUCAAAUCUUUUGGCAACUGUUACGGUCGAUGAAGCUGCUCCUGGGUUGAAGACAAUAUUUAGCUGCCGAAUCCCUGAUCAAAGUUCUGCAAAGAUGGAAGUUCAAUAUUUACAUGAUUAUACUGGAAUAUGCACCAGCGUUGGGUUGACCGCAAACCCCAUUGUCAACUUCUCUGGUGUCUUGGGAACUAAUGUGCUCGCUCUAGGAACUGAUGUAUCCUUUGACACCAAGGUGGGAGCUUUCACAAAGUUCUGUGCGGGCUUGAGUUUCACAAAUGCUGACCUCAUUGCUUCUUUGAAUCUUAAUGACAAGGGAGAUGCUUUGAGUGCAUCAUACUACCAUAUAGUCAGUCCCUUGACUAAUACGGCUGUUGGCGCUGAGGUGACCCAUAGCUUCUCUACUGAUGAGAACACAAUCACUGUUGGAACUCAGCAUCAAUUGGAUCCUUUGACGACUGUGAAGGCAAGGGUUAACAACUAUGGCAAGGCAACUGCUCUGAUCCAGCAUGAGUGGCGUCCAAAGUCUCUUUUCACCAUUUCAGGAGAAGUGGACACCAAAGCUGUUGACAAAAGUGCCAAAUUUGGACUGGCGUUGGCUCUCAAGCCGUAGGUUUAGGACACUUGACUGAUGGACAUUGUCUAUGGAGCAAAUUAGAAGUCUUGUAUCUGUGGCAAUUUAUCUGGUGGUUCUGGACUGUGAAAAUAAUUUUAGGUGCUUGUUUAAGCCUAGUGUUGUCAUUCUGAUUCCGUACAUUCUUUUUCUCUCUUUGAAAUUAGUGAUGAGUAGUUGAGUAGCUUAUUGCCCGAAGACUCGAGGCUUUAGAGGUUUUUGCUCAAGAUUUUGACACAAUUUGAAGAAUUAUUAUCCA